AUGCUUACUUGCAAAUAUUCUGUCUGUCUCCGUGUGCUAGGUGUUACGGAACACUUACAGUUACUACGGACUCAGCAGCUAGCAACCCCUUGUCUCGACGCGUCAGAAAACCGCAGAAAAGAUCCCAAGGUCAGUAGAGCCUGCGACUCGUGCAAAACAAAGAAGAUUCGUUGUUCGGGCACUCUCCCGUGCGAGACAUGCAGUAGAAGGGGAUUGGAUUUGCGCCUAUGCCAGCAAACACAGACACACCGGGGACUCGCCACAGAUGCCGCUGGAGCUGGAAGCUGCAGCGUGAGUAGUACUCCAAUCUACCCAGCGCAAACCCUAACCCCGACUGGAAGUAUUGGGCAAGACGUGCAAGCAGCACGAGGAUCCCCGGGACUGGUGAUCGAAGGCCACAGGCGUAUGGAAUAUUAUGGCUCUAAUGAAGCUGAAAGGAAUCAGCUCUUAACGUCGGCCGGAGAUAGGCCGUUCUACCUUGAUGAACGUGGAACCGAGGGGAUCUUCCCAGACGACAGCACUGCACUUUCUCUGGUCGGGCUUUUCUUCGAUACAUGCGUUGUGACAUAUCGCAUGUUACACUGGCAGACGGUAGAGGCUUGGUUGGAUACUUUGCUGGCAAAUAGGCUUCGAAACAACCCGAUCUCACAUACCCUUGGCAAUGCCAAAUGUGCGGUCCUAUACACAAUUGUUGCGAUUGCUAGCUUUCGACUCUCUAAGCUCCAAGGCACUUCAUCCGCUUAUAAUGAGCCGUCUGCCCUGCGCCAGAGCGAUCGUCUAUUCUGCGCUGCUAUGAAACAUGCCGAUUUAGAAAUGGGCUUUCCGCGGCUAGAAUCUGCCCAAGCAAGACUUAUCCAAGUGUUAAAUUUGCUGCAGACAUCGCGAAUGAAUAAAGGUUGGUAUACGUUCGGCAACACAUAUCAAAUUGUUUCGUCAUUGGGGCUACAUCGGCGACAAGCAUGCAAGCUAAAUGCCUCCUUUGGGGGCCUUCCCGAUAGUGUCAACGAUGAGGACAUGGGACCUGACGGUCCAUUAGUUUCUGAAGCGUCUGAAGAAUGUCACAUCGACUCACUGAUCUUGCAUGCGAAGAUUGCCCAGAUAAUCGGACGAAUAUCUCGCGACGUCUACUGCGUCGGCGAAGCAGGAAAUACAGAUCAAAUGCCGUCAGCCCAUUGGUUGGUUAAUGAGCUACAUGCAUGGCGAGCGAGUCUGCCUGCGCACCUAGGCACAAAAAGACUACCCCCGGCAAAAACACCCUACUCCGUUCGAAGUACUGCGCUCAAUCUCGCCUAUGCUCAUGCUGUGAUUCAUGCUACGCGGCCUUUUCUGCUGGACAAUGGUAGCAGCUCAAGUGAUGAGCAAGAGGUUCAAAACCGGAUAUUGGAAUGCAUAUCUGCUGCUAGAAGGGUACUAGAGUUGGUCAAUACCAUGGCCAACGAUAAGAAUUUAUUCCACUCUUUCUGGUGGACCCAGUAUAUUCUGUUUUGCGCGCUAGCGGUAGUCUACGUCUGGGAGAUCCAGCAGAGCGCCAGCGAAAAUAACCAGCUGGAUAAGUCUUACGCAUCACUGUUCAGCCUGGCUGAGAAGUGCCGGUCUUAUCUAUUGCAAGGCAGUUUUGCAGCUCCUCCAAAUCACCGAUAUGGUGUCAUUCUUGAGGAGUUGCGGUUGGAAGCUCAACAGGAGACCCUCAGAAAAAAACAUCCUUUUCCAAUCCAGUCCACCCCAGCGGGAAUAAGGAAUGGGUCCUAUGCGGAGGCGGGCUCUAUGAAUAACUCGCAGAUGCCAGAAGCAGGGACUGAGAUGAUUGCUAUCCCCGACAAUACUCUCCAUAGGUUUCCUAGUAUGUUAGAUGCCUAG